UUCAUCUGUAACAACAAUCAACAAAUAAACCCUACUUCACACAAAGCCUUCCUCGCACCGUCGAAAGCCCUCACCUUGCAGAGAGAACCGCGAUCAAGAGACGGAAGAAUGAGGCCGAUAUUGAUGAAGGGUCAUGAAAGGCCGUUAACGUUCCUCAAGUACAACAGAGAGGGAGAUCUUCUGUUCUCCUGUGCAAAGGAUCACGACCCCACUGUCUGGUUCGCCGACAAUGGCGAGCGCCUCGGCACCUAUCGCGGCCAUAACGGCGCCGUUUGGUGCUGCGAUGUCUCAAGAGAUUCUACUCGACUUAUUACUGGGAGUGCAGAUCAGACUGCAAAGCUUUGGAAUAUUCAAACAGGACAGCAACUAUUUACAUUUAAGUUUGAUUCACCAGCUAGGGCUGUGGACUUUGCCGUUGGUGAUAAGCUUGCUGUGAUGACCACUGAUCCCUUCAUGGAAUUGGCUUCUGCCAUUCAUGUUAAGCGCAUUGCAAGAGAUGCUGAUGAACAGACCAGUGAAUCUCUGCUAACCAUCCAAGGCCCUCAAGGGAGAAUUAACCGAGCUGUUUGGGGGCCACUGAACAGGACUAUUAUAAGUGCUGGAGAGGACUCUAUUGUUCGUAUAUGGGAUACUGAGACUGGCAAGUUGCUCAAAGAAUCAGAUAAGGAAACUGGCCAUAAAAAGACGGUGACAUCACUUGCAAAAUCCGCAGAUGGCUCGCACUUCCUAACUGGUUCUCUGGAUAAAUCCGCCAAGCUUUGGGACACCAGAACAUUGACUCUUGUCAAGACCUAUGUGACUGAACGGCCGGUCAACGCUGUUGCAAUGUCACCUCUUCUUGAUCAUGUGGUUCUUGGAGGUGGUCAGGAUGCAUCAGCUGUUACCACCACUGAUCAUCGUGCUGGAAAGUUUGAGGCUAAAUUUUAUGAUAAGGUUCUUCAAAAGGAGAUCGGUGGUGUGAAGGGACAUUUUGGACCCAUAAAUGCUUUGGCCUUCAACCCGGAUGGGAGGAGUUUCUCAAGUGGAGGUGAAGAUGGUUACGUGAGGCUACAUCACUUCGAUCCGGAUUACUUUAACAUCAGAAUGUAGUUUUUUUAGUAGUACCCUUUUGAAAGAUUGUUGGUUAAAUUCUCUUAAUUGGCGCGGUGUAAACUACAUUUUAUGAUUACCUGUAAGAGUAGCUGUGUUGUGAGGUAAAAAUGCAGUUAAUACCCUCAUUUUUGUUUCCGUGAUGCGACAAAUUCUAAAUUUUCAUUUAUAUUUUAGAGGAAGUUUGAAUUGGAUAA